GCCGUAUCCAUGGUGACACAGCUGGAUGCAGUAUGUCGGACCUUGGAUCAGAAGAGAUCGAAGAAGAGGCAGAAAAUGAUUUAGGGGAAUAUGAAGGUGGACGUAAUGAGGCUGGUGAACGGCAUGGACAUGGGAAAGCCAGAUUACCCAAUGGAGAUACCUAUGAGGGAGAAUAUGCAAAUGGUAAAAGAAAUGGAAAGGGGCUAUACAGAUUUAAAAAUGGUGCAAGGUACAUUGGAGAAUACAUUGAAAAUAAAAAACACGGCAAUGGGACCUUUAUUUAUCCAGAUGGAUCUAAAUAUGAAGGAGACUGGGUGGAUGACCAAAGACAUGGAAAUGGAGUUUACUCUUAUAUAAAUGGAGACACAUACACUGGAGAGUGGUUCAAUAAUUAUAGACAUGGGCAAGGUACUUAUUUCUAUGCAUUAACUGGUUCUAAAUAUAUUGGCACUUGGGCAAAUGGGCAACAAGAAGGAGCUGCUGAACUUGUUCACCUAAACCACAGGUUCCAGGGAAAGUUUGUGAAUAAAAACCCUUUAGGUCCUGGGAAGUAUAUAUUUGAUAUUGGAUGUGAGCAGCAUGGUGAAUAUACUCAGGAGGAGAAAACAGAAGAAGAGGAAGAGGAAGAGGUUUUGGUACCAGUGGCUCCCAAAUGGAAAGCCACAAAAAUUACUGACCUAACACUGUGGGUACCUGAAGAACCACCUCCUCCAGCAGCAACUCCAGCAGCUGCAGAAGGUCUAUCAGCUGAGGAACCAGGAGUUCCUGCAGUUGGUGAGGAAAGUGCUGCUGAAGGGCCCUCAGAAAGUGCUGAGGCUGCUGCAGAAGCAGGAGAGGCCACUUCACCAAAAGAUGUGGAGGAAGAAGAGGAGGCAGCUAAAGAUGACCAAGCAGAUCAGGCUGAAGAAAAGGAAGAAGAUGCAAGAGAAUCUGAACUUCAAGAAUAAUGGAUAUAAAUUACAAAAACAUGGAAAGAAAUUAAUUUUAAUUCAGUCACGUUAAAGUUCAAUAAUUGAGAAUUUGAACACAUAUUGAACUCUUUCACUGAAAUCAUUGGUUAAUUUUGCUGAGUAUAUGACUUUUAUUUCUUUAGUUUAUUAGCUGGUUUGCUUGCUGAAUGUUUGAAGCAGCAGACUUGUUUCUUUUCUAUCUGAGGUAAGAUUUCCAUUUCUAUCUUUACCCAUUCCUGUCCCUUUUGUUCCCUCCCCAUCCACUCCACCAAAAAAAAUUAAAUGCUAU